UUUCAAAAGCAAGAGAAAAAAUUAUUUAAAUUCCUGGUUCUAGAACCUUGGAAACCGGGUGUAGCCGGUAAAAGCAAAUUCUGGCCGCUGACUCGUGCGGCGCUUUGGUUUUCGCUAUCUUUUGAUUCUCUUUCUCUCAUCGGUUUUUGGUAUUUUUCGUGGUGGAAUUGCCGGCCGAUUCCGUCUCUUAAAGACACUGAUCUUGUAACAAUGAGGGCUGCCAAAGGUAAGGGGGCAGCGAAGAUCUCCAAGGAAGCUCUAAAGCCUGUGGAUGAUGGAAGGGUUGGGAAGCGGAAGGCUGCUGCCGCAGAUGACAAGACUAGCAAACGAAAGGCCAGGAAGGAGAAAAGGGCCAAGAAAGACCCCAACAAACCUAAGAGGCCGCCUAGUGCCUUUUUCGUGUUCCUUGAGGAGUUCAGGAAGGAGUUCAAGAAAGAGAACCCUAAUGUGAAGGGUGUAGCGGCUGUUGGAAAAGCUGGAGGAGACAAGUGGAAAUCCCUGUCUGAUGCAGAAAAAGCUCCAUAUGAAGCCAAGGCUGCAAAAAGGAAGGCUGAGUAUGAAAAGCAGAUGAAAGCCUACAACAAAAAGCAGGAGAGUGGGGCAGAUGAUGGUGAUGAAGAGUCGGAGAGGUCAAGAUCUGAGGUAAAUGAUGAAGAGGACGAGGCUAGUGGGGAGGAGGGGCAGCCCCCGGAAGAGGAGGAAGAAGAGGAAGUGGAGGAUGAGGAAGAAGAGGAGGAUGAUGAAGAUGAUGAUUGACACUUUGUACUCCUUUACAUGGACACAGUGGUAAAUGGCACUUGGAGGAAUCUAGAUUUUGAAUGUAAUAUUAGCUCAGCAGGUUGUAUGUUAUGACCCGCAAAAAAAGAAAGCUCAGGUUAGCAUGUGGUGUUUGUUUUGAAACAGGAAACAAUUGUUUUGUACUGCUGUGCCUAUUGAUGUAAUUACCUGUGUAAUCAGCCAGAGCUUUCCUCUAUUAGCUAAUCGUACGUAAUCUUCAGUUUGUGGAUUAGCGCAUUUAACUA